AUGUCAUUAAGUCGACCGAAUGUGUUCCGGGUUUCUGGCAUUCCAGCAAACAGCGAUGCCGAAAACUCAAUUCAGCAGGAUGCAGAAGCGUUUCUCUUCGAGUUCAUCCAGGACAAGUUUCAGGAUCACGAGCGCGGGCAAAUCGAGCCGGACAUUCAGAUCAUACCCUCCUGUACUGUUUCCAGUAACACCGUCAAUGCCCUGGUUGAAUUUUCACCAACAGAACCCGAGUUCUUGAAGGAGGUCCUCAACAACCGAGAAUCCAACUUACGAACUCUGAAGAGGGUGAACGGCAAGAGGAUCAUUAUCUAUUUUGAUCUGCAUUUCGCUGGCCUCACACAACUAUACCCCACGCCUCCUGAUCAGAGUGUUACUGUCGAUAUCAUCGCCAUUACCGGUCUGGGUGGACACUCAUAUGGCUCCUGGAGGAGUCGAACUGGCCCCGAGAUGUGGCUGCGUGACUUUCUGUUCGAAGAUAUGCCCCGUUGCCGAACAAUGACAUACGGAUACAGCUCACAGCUCUUGAAACGAGGCGUUGAGAAAGUAGAGGACUACCGACGCCAUUUCUUGGAAGAAAUCAUCAUUGCCAGAGACUCGGAGGGGUUGCGCCAGAGGCCGAUCGUGUUCAUUUGUUACAGCUUUGGGGGCAUCAUACUUGCCGAGGCCCUUGUCCAUGCCAAGUUGACCCGUGAUACCAAUCCGGACAUGGAAGCUUUGAGCAAAGCCACCUACGGCAUCUUUUUCCUGGGCGUUCCCCAUAGGGGACUCUGGGUAGACGACAUGCUGGACAUGCUUAGAGCUAUUCACCCGAAUCAUCCACGGGAGGAACUUGUGAAGCAGCUCCAAGUGGAUUCGCCAUCAUUGAAGACCCAGCUGGACAGAUUCAGGAAUCUUUGCCAUGACUAUGAGUUAGUGAGUUUCUAUGAGCUUGGCCCAACAAGGGAGCUUGAGCGGGACGUGGCCUCAGGGCGAUUUGGAAGAAGCGGCCAGUUUAGAACAGCUGUGACAUCCGAAUCCGCGAUGCUCCAGCUGCCAGACAGCAAAGAGAAGAAGUUCGGCUUUCCCGCUGACCAUUCUGACAUUGCGAAAUUCAGCGAGAGGUACUCCGGUCCUUACAAGAUUGCGAUUCGUUAUCUGAAUAUCUUCGAGAAGGAUUCACAGGAGGUGGUGCGGAGAAGAUUUGGGAGCAGU